CGGAGCCUAGGUACUUCAUUUAAUGUAUAGUGCUGUGCGUUUUUCUACGAUUUCAUCUAGUGGUGUGUUGUGAGCUCCGCCAUGUCGAAGGAGGGCCAAAUACGAGAACCAGAGCAGCUCCGGAAGUUGUUCAUCGGAGGCCUGAGCUUCGAGACCACAGACGACAGUCUGCGCUCUUACUUUGAGCAAUGGGGCACGUUAACCGACUGUGUGGUUAUGAGAGACCCAAACUCCAAGCGCUCCAGGGGCUUUGGUUUUGUAACAUACUCCUGUGUAGAUGAAGUCGAUGCCGCCAUGAAGGCGCGUCCUCACAAAGUCGACGGUCGUCUUGUAGAGCCCAAACGUGCCGUGUCUCGAGAGGAUUCCAACAAACCUUUUGCACACACUACAGUAAAAAAGAUCUUUGUGGGUGGCAUUAAGGAAGAUACAGAAGAGGGCCAUCUACGGGAAUAUUUCCAGGAAUUCGGGGCGAUCGAAGCGAUUGAAAUAAUGACCGAUCGUAAGACUGGCAACAAAAGAGGCUUUGCAUUUGUUACUUUUGAUGAUCAUGAUGCUGUGGAUCGUAUUGUCAUUCAAAAGUACCACACAAUAAAUGGCCAUAAUUCAGAAGUGAGGAAAGCGGUGUCUAAACAAGAGAUGCAGAAUUCAUCAAUGAACAUGAGGGGACGUGGAGGUGGAAACUUUGGGCGUUAUGGUGGCAAUGACUUCGGAGGCGGCAGAGAUGGAUUCAGAGAUGGGUUCAGAGGGGGUAGAGGUGAAGGAUAUGGAGGUGGAGAUGGCUACAACAAUGGCUUCGGAGGUGAUGGUGGCUAUGGCAGUGGUGGCUACGGAGGCAACCGUGGUGGAGGAUAUGGUGGAGGUGGACAAGGUUAUGGAAAUGGUGGUGGUGGAGGAUAUGGUGGAGGAGGAUACGGUGGCAGCAGUGGUGGCGGCAGUGGUUAUGACAACUAUAACCAUGGCAGUGGAAGCUUUGGUGGUAACUUUGGAGGAGGAGGUGGUGGUGGUGGUGGUGGUAACAGCAACUACAGCGACUUUGGAAACUACAACAACCAGCAGUCAAGUUUUGGCCCCAUGAAAGGAAACUUUGGAGGCAGCAGUAGGAAUAGCGGCCCAUAUGGUGGUGGAUAUGGUGGUAGCUCAGGAGGCAGUGGGGGCUAUGGCGGAGGUUCUGGUGGAGGAUAUGGUGGAAACUCUGGAGGCAGACGGUAUUAAGUCCUUUUUAAGGGCUCAGUACUUAGGAGAGGAGACAGGAGAGCGAGAGGGCUGACAGGGCAGCGGCAGGUUUACUCCCUAGAUCUGCUCAGCCGUUCAGAGGAGAUGUACAGUAGUGCUGUCACAAACAGGACUUUUUCUGCAUGGUUGUGAUGUCUAGGUUUUUUGUUUUUGUUUUUUAAAUGUACUUUUAUUUUCUGUAUUGGGAUUCAUUCCAUGAGGUUUUGUAGAAGUACUUUAUUCCGCUAUUCUAAUUGUGUAAUUUCAAGAAAUCAAAUUGAAAUAAAGUGACUUCCAGUUUUUAAAAAAAAAGCUGUUCUUUUGGUCACUGGGGAUUAUUGGGGGGCAUCACUGGGUAUCAUGGUUGGAUUUUUGUCUCGCCCAGACAGUGAAAAGUAAUGCAGAAAUUAAGGGUAAUGUUCUCGGAAACCAUCUGUAGAACAAAUAUCGGCCACCUGCUAGUUAGACUGGCAAAGACGAAGCAGGUUAGUUUGUAUGACUGCCAUGACUAGCCAUGGAGGCAAGCUGAGAAAGGAGUAGGAAGACCUUCACCAUGAGAAGAAUCAGGGAGCGUUUGAGUACAGGUCGUCUCUGAGAGACUAGGAGAGAGCAACAGAAUGGCUAUAUUGCCACCAGUAGGUAAGAACAGACUUCUCAAUUACCACUGGACACAACUCAUUUUAUUCAUUGUAGAUGCAGUACAUGACUGUAUUCUGAACUUUGCGGUCACUUUUCUGUACUUAUGACAAUGUAGUUUGUUUGACCUGGAAUGAGUAAUACACUUAAUGUAGCCUGGUUUCUUGAUUUAUUUUAAUAUAUAACCAAGAAGCGAGUACGUGUAAGGCUUUACUUCUGCUAACUGUCUGCUUUUGGUCUUUGCCUCUUUUUGUUUUAGGAAUAUGAAUGGAGACUUGUGAUUCAGAAUUGAGAUAUUUGCCUGUCUUUCUGCAGGCAGUCUGAAGGUAAUACACUUAUUUUUGCUCUGUUGAUGCUUGAAAUGCUCUUUAAAAAAAAAAAUGUUCACCUGUCUUAUCUGUUGUAGGACCAAAGGCCUGUUGAGGUGGGGGUGUUUUUUAAGAAAUUGUUUUUACUCCUUUUAAAUAAAGUUUUUAUUCUUUUGUAA